CUGUUUGACUUCCUUGUUCGUAGUUAGUGCGUUCAUUCUCAUUCGGUGGCGGAUGAUCAGCAUUUUCUGACGUUUGUAUUAUUUGCUCGCACCGAAGUAGCGAGUGACUAUCCCAGAUCACAUAAAUACGUUGAACAUUCAGUCUCUGGAUUAUUGUACGUGUAUAUCACGCAAUUUAUAACCGUAUAACAAUCAGACAGACAAAAAAAGAAGAAUGGGUGACACAGGAAAUAAUUCGGAAAACCGCUCUCGCGGCUUUGAAACCUUAAAGAUUCAUGUAAUGCAACACAAAGUUGAGGUGGCCCUAUGGGCCAUAAGAGUUCUCACCAUUCUCUUCAGCAUUGGAUACUUUAUACCCAUAUUUAGUUCUUCAACAAAUGCUUACUACAAGGCACUUGUUGCAAAUGCGGCGACAAGUGCGCUAAGACUACACCAGCGCCUUGGAGGCGUACAGAUUUCACGCGAGUUCUUCGUCCGCGUGCUCACUGAAGACAGUUGCCAUUAUUUAUUCUAUUCGUUGAUCUUCUUGUAUGUGACGCCCAUCACAUUGGCGCUGUUCCCUGUGGCGCUAUUUGCCAUCCUGCAUGCCGCCAGUUAUUCCCUCACAUUAUUGGAUCAACUCGGCCAGAACUCAUGGUGGGGCGCUCGGCUGCUUAUUUCAGUUGUGGAGUUCCAAUCGCGCAAUAUUUUGCGUCUUGUGUCAUUUACCGAAAUUCUCUUGAUGCCAGUAACGCUUAUUCUUAUCUGCAUGGGUCGCGCUGGUUUGUUGACGCCAUUUAUUUACUAUCACUUUGUGAUGCAGCGUUACACUUCGCGCAGAAACCCGUACACUAGAAACAUGUUCCACGAACUGCGCGCCAUGUUUGAAUCGGUGGCGCAAAAACCAAGUAUGCCCGGCAUUGUGCGUAAAGCCAUCUACACCGGCAUUGGAUUUGUUAGCCGGCUGGCACCGCCACAGCAGACCGCGUAAAUUCAAGACAUGACAUGUGACUAAUUUGAUAUAAUUCCGUCGUACCUUCUUCUAUUGCGUUUGUCACACACGAAAUUGUUGUUUUCGUAUUCUACUCUCUGCAAAUGAUGGCGCCACGAACAUGAUCGAAAGACUGAACAACUUGAACCAAUGAACACGUAUCCAUUUAUGCGAUGGCCAUGCAGCCAUUGAACACGCUCGAUUUUGUCAUUAUUUGCAAGGUAGUAUCAUGUAUUAACUAUUUUUUGCGUUUACGUAGACGGUGCAUUCCGUAUUGGAAUUAUAGUGUGUCUACAAUUUUGGUCGGAGUUUUUUUUUUGUUUUUCUUUUACAAGGUGUUUGAUUGUAUUUAGGGUUUUAUUAUAAAUAAAAUAUAUAAAUCAAUCAGCAAA